AAUAACUAACCCAUCCAUCAUCCAUCCAUCCAUCCAUCCAUCAAAUCUUCAACUCUUUUGAGUCUUUUCUGUCUGUCCCUUCACACCUUCAUACCUUCAUACCUUCAACCUUUCAUAGGUAUUUGGGUAUUAGGGUACUAGGGUAUUCAUUCAAUUAUACUUAUACUCUACUCUACUCUACGCUACUCGACCAUUCUACUCUCCAUCUUUCUUCUUCUUUUCGAAUUAUCGAUCUGAUCAUAUUUGGAAAGAGAUAAUCAAAGAUUCAUUACCUAUUCACCUACUUACUGCCUCACUUAAACCUUUGCCUGAAGUGCAACAUUACUCAUCAACCAUCACACCAAUUGGGUCGAUUCACUUCACUCCAAUUCCCAUCACUUACAUCACAUCGAAAUCUACUACCUACGUCAAUCACCUACCUCAAUUACCACCAAAACUCCCAUCAUUUCUACUCAUUCGGCUGAAUAUUCCCCAAUUGCAUUCUUCUUCCUUUCGCGUCACCCUAUACGGAAUUAAUACACACGAUUCAAAUUACAAAAUCCCAGUCAUUCUUUCCGUCGCGACAAUGGCCAUUCCGAAGCAGCAGUAUCGUCAUGCGUGCUGCUAAACGAUCGCAACACCUCCCAAUCCUCAAAGUCGACAGACCGAUUCCGAAAGAUAAAAUAACAACUUAGACUAAAAUAAUAAUACAUCUAUCAAGAUGUCUUUACUUGGGAAAUUAUUCUCCGCGACGACAUCUACUGGACAGACGACUCCACGCUCUUCCAACCUUCUUGAUUCAAAUCUGGAGGAUCAUUUUACCUACAAUUUACUCUUCCCAGAUGCCGACGCUUUGUGUCACAAGGACCAACUCUUCCCAUUCUCAUCUGGAACCGCACUUGCGCCUGCGAACGCGAAUACUUUUGAUAUCAAUGGAGAAAUCGAUCUGGACAUGCGCGAUGUGCGAGUAAUUAUUAUGCAGGAAGCUACUUCAACUACAGGAACUCCAUACGUAUUAUACGAUAGUCACACCCCUCCGCUAGCCUCUCCCUUUCCUGAAAGACAAAACUCGAAUAAUUCUGCGUUCCCUACGAGGUCCGAAAAUCGGCGAUCGAUGCCUCCACCACGAAAGACAUCUGUAGGACAAAAUUCGAGACCUGUCGUUAUACAACAGGAAAGUACAACUCCUCGAGCUUUCGGCGCAUUUGACCGAAGAUCAGCACAUAAAUCACAAGCAAGUUAUACAGAAACUGAAGGACAGCGUUCGCUGAGGGAAUACAAGGAAGAAGUUACCACGAUUUCGAAUUGCAUAUUUGGAAAUUCCGAAGUUUUAGCAUACAAAGGGACUGGUACAAAGGUUCACAUAUUGCCAUCCGACUCUAGAUCCUUUGUAGGACCUAGUUCUUAUGCUGGGGAUGGAUCUUUCGGUAGAUCAAGUAUGCGGAGUAGUAAGUUGGCACAAUCUUUCACCGUGGAAAAUGGUGCAGGUCCUGCUCCGGCUCCAGCUGGUCCUUCGACAGCCACAUCUACGAGGGGGCAAGACAGAAAAAAGGUUCUCAUCACACGCAUGUUUCCGGUACCCCUACCAAAUGAGGAAGUCGAGCCUCAAACACCAGUGUUGAAGGAAGACAAAGAUGGUUAUCCAUUUCCUAAAGUAGCCGACAAUGACACUCCGCUAAAGAAGCCUCAACCAAAACAAAAGAGAACUCCUAUGUAUGCGGUCGGAUUGAUUGUUCAUCUACCUGCUUCGCCACCUCGUGCCCCUUCAGCACCAACUUCACGAUCUUCUUUCCGUGCAUCGAGCUCAUACAACGAACAAGAUUCAUUCCCAUCAUCUUUCAGCUCUACGAAACGUGCCGGUUGGACGAUGCUUGGUUCCGGUUUUGGCAUCGAGUCUUUGGAAUCCUCAAUUUAUAGUGAUGUGGACGACCGGAUCGACAUGAUCACUCAACAUUGGGAUAUCAUUACGCGAACACUUACUCAUUUGCAAGCAGUUGCGACUGAAUCCUUGUUGUGCCUUCUCCGCCAAGCAGACAUCAGUUCUCCCGGUCCUCGUCGCGAAUCAAAUUCUCGAGCCCCUUCAGCUAGUAUAUCAGUCGCUGGAAGGAGAGUGACGGAGGACGCCAAGCCAUUCAAAGUACCCAAGACCAAUGCAAAAUUAGUCCAGCUAGGUCAAGACUGUCUGGUACCGAUCCAGAAAAUACAUAAAGAGGUUGAUGCUUCGCGUCAGAGGGUGAUUAGCGGUAUCAAAGGUCUCCAGGUGAUUACUGGCCAGGGUCGAUGGGGCAUAUGGCGUGAAGAAGCAAGGUUGGCUGAGAGGUGGGCAGGGGGGAAGGAUAAGGGAUUCUUCUUCUUUAACCUUUUGACUGGGUUUUUGGGUAAUCACACUGAAUGGUUGCAAGCGCUGGGACCUAGUUGGUAUCGUCGAAGGCAUUACCAAACUCAGAGAUCUUACAGAGAUGAUGAUGUAUCCGUACCGGCACGUACCAUCAUUGUUUCCGAUGAUAAAAUGGCAGCGAGACGAUUGAUAUUUUUGCUUUCUGCUUUUCUCCCCGCGAGUCAACAGCUAGGAUCUCGGGCUCAUCGACCUAGUACGUCGAUAUCUUUAGGUGGAUAUCCACAAUCUCCGCCAUCUUACAUCAUACCCGCCUUGAGAGAAGAAUCUCUUCGCCGCAAAAUCAACAAACGCUCUGGUGCUUCACGAGCCUCUCACCCGCGAGCUAUGAGCUUUCCAGCUCAGUCCGCGCAAGCUUCACAAAUCUCACAGCCUUCCAAACCUCAAACAGAACAUCCUAGUGGUCUUGGAAUUAUAGUCCACGAUGUUCAGCGUGAUCGAUCAACAUCCGAUAUUUCCCAAAUCAGGACUGCAAAUUUGCCAAUCCCUGGUAGUGAUCGCGGAACUAGGAAGAGCAGUGCCGCAACAACAAGGACCGCCACACCAAUCACAACCGUUCCGCAUUUCUCUACUCGAGCCCCAGUCAGGGGAACCGGUCCAAUACCUAGGCCGGGAAGCAGUGGUAGUCUUGCUGCUGAUGACCUGCUUCGAUCUCUGAAGAGAGGUGAUAGCUCAGGUCAAUACAGUAACGUAAGCACUGAUUCCCAGAAUCAGAAUUCGAGAUGGGGUAGCAUGCUUAGUGGUUUCUGGAGUUCGAAGAGAAGACCAUCUACGACUAACACCUCAGCUACAUCGAUGGAAGAAGUUGAAAUCAAUGAUCCUUACUACAGAGAUAUCACUUCACAGCCUCGUGUUAAAUUACCUAGUACGAGUGAGAAUGCCGCCGAAGUUUCCCCAACAAAGUCGAAAGUUCAACAGGAACGCGACUUGAGGAAAUCGGAAUCUGGAAGUACUGAAACCGCCAGAGCCAUUGAACAAAAGCCAGGGAAAGGAGCCGAUGAAAUUACCGAGCAGGCGAUUCAGAUAUCAGAGCGCAUACCAGAUCCGUCUGGAGCAUAUGAAUCACCAGUCAAAACUUCAAUCGCUGAUGACGGUGCCAUUGAAAUUGACGUUCCACUUCCUGACUAUUUGGCUUUUGAAACGGCUGUCAGUUCACCAUCAAGUAGUGGUUAUCUUUCCACGCCAGGUUUAGGAAAUGGACUCGAAGGGUUUGAACAUUAUUCUCGUGCUGGUCCUGAUUCAGAUACUACAAUCAAUGUUGGUGGUUACCUACCGCGUUAUCAUCCGGAUUUUGCUUUACAAGCAUUACCUUCGCAAUCGGACCUCAUCUCCGACAUCAAAGAAUCAAUGAGAGCAGAACCAACUCCCGUCAUCACAUCAACGCCUAAUGCCGAAGAUGGUCGUGCUGAUCGGUGGGUUGAUGUUUCUAGUGCGUUGGUAGCUGACACUACCAAUUUCACAAUUACUCAUAUUCGUUACAGACGUCAUGUGAAGCUUAAGGGGAAUGCGGAUCCUACAACUCCAGCCAUCUCCACUUCACUAGAGUCAAAGUAUGGCAAUGUUUACUCUGCCGUACUUCUUACACCAUCUCUUGAGGUGUAUGAUGAUCAUGAAGAUCAAUUUAUUGAAGAACAAUUGGUUAGCAUGGAUGAAACAUUGAUCGAAGCAGUUGAGAGAAUCAUUGCUCAGUCAGGACAAGCUUCUAAACAAUCCUCAGCAUGUUCAUCCAGAUCCACAAGUAGGAGACCUGUGGUUGGAAGGGAUAGAUCUAACUCGGAUACUAGAGUUGUACCUGGAUUUGGAGCGAAUCUUGAAGUUCCAAGAAAUGAGUGCAAGAAGAUGGUUCUUAGUGCUCUUGAAGAGAUCGUGAAGGAGGUAGCAGAGAGCCGAGAAGAUGGCGAUGGAGAACAGAGAUUAGAGGGGAGAGAGAAAGAAAGCUUUCUGAGGGAAGGAGUACGAAAUUGGUUAGGAACUGUGGAAAGUGUGGAAUAAUUGCACCAACAUGACGACAAGAGAUCUAUGGCCUAACUACUUUUUCUUUUUCACGUUUGUACCAACAACUAAACUUACGGCCAACAUCAUAUGGUUCUCAACGAUACCCGACAGACAAUGUAUUACCAACAACAAUAGCAAACAUUAUACAUGGAGUCUUUCUUUUUAAAAUUUUAGCGUCGGCGUUUGGAGGAAGAAAUCUUGCUACGAUUGGACAGGGCGAAAGCUCAAUAUGGCAACAUUUGCUUUUUUGGCUCAAUUCUUUUAUGAGAGCGACUACUUUAGGUAUUUACCGCGAUUAUACCAUUUGCAUUUUAGGGAGAAUGGUUGGGUGGGUUAUUGUACAUUGGGAUUAGAAAUGGGACGGAAUGGGACUUUCCUUAAAUGGAUGGGGUGGGUACACAUGGAUGGCUGGAUGGAUAUGGAAUGAUUUGGCUUGAUUAGGAGUUCUUAAUGGUCGAGGGAAAGUUUAAGGGACGAGAUGUGCUUUUGCGCGAAUUCCAAAGUAUGGAUGAAGGGCAAUGGCGAUGAGAUUGUGGCAAAAGCAAUGACAGGGAACAGGAGAAGAGAAUAUGGUGGAAUGAAUUGAAUGACUUUUAAGUUAUUCUGGAUACUUCGAUAACCGUGUUUUGGGUUUUUUGCCCUCGUGGGGUUGAAAAACUUGCUCUGGAUCUUACGAUUUGCAUUUGCUACUAGUUGUAAUGGCGCGGUGGGCUGUGCACGUGUGCAUUUGCAUUUGCAUUUGCAUCUGAUGAUGAAGCGAAUUUUCCGUCCGAGAUAUUACCAUAGCGGAUGAGUGGAGUCGUUUGAGAGUACGGGUUCGCUGAUCGAUGUGAUGAUUGGAGAGGCAGGGUGGAGAGGGACGUUUUAAGGGCGCGUGUCAUGUGGAGUUGAGUGGAGCGGUGAUUCAUUUGAUGGUUGGAUGGUUGGUUGAUUGACGCCAUCACAUGCCAUGAUUGGUAUGCAUACAUGCAUGGAUGAAAAAUUUACCUAGCUAUGGAUUUACUUUUAGAGUAGGUAGGUAGAUUGAAUGAAGAAUCGUUUU